AUGCUUACAGCUAAGUAUAAUGGGGGUGAACAAAACAAUGAAUCACUCGUUGGCGAUUCACAAAUCUUUGUGAAUCGCCAACGAGCCAAAUCAGAAUCGAAAUUAAUAAAAAAAAAACCAUGUUUUUACUUUAAACUUUUGUCGCUCAUCCUACUUCGCGAUGGCAUAUUAUAUGGAAAUUUAAUAGUCGCUUGUCCACUAGGAUCGCUUAAGCCCGAGCGACCGGCUGGGUUCUUUGCACCCGUUCUAAAAACAUGGUAUCCGAGCUGUGAUCGUACAAGUUACAAAUCAAAUGCGUCUGAGGUUAUUUAUACAACUUCAAAGUUCUUGAAUUGUAUGCAAAGAAGAAUGGGUUGGCCCCAUUCCAACAAGAAAAGAAAGGAUUUCGAAGAGAAGAUGGCAGAAGAUGGACCUGCGAGCAAAAAGUCAAAGAAGCAUCCAGUUAUGGAAUUAAACGAGAGGUUUCCCUCAAUCGAAUAUUUAUUUGUUCAAGCAGGGCCAGUACACGAGCCUACGUUUAAAGCUUACACAAUUCUCAACGAAAAAUCGUUUGAAGGAAGUGGGACGACCAAACAAAAGGCAAAGCUUGAUUUAGCAACUCGAGCUUUGGAAGAGCUUGGUGGUAAAGAGGAAGUUAUCAAAACUGAGAGGGAGGAGAGCGAAUACUUUUUUGAACACUACCAACCACUUAACCAUACACUAUAUCAGUCAACUUCUGGCGUGGAGGGGAAGUAUAUUGAUUUCACAUCUGACGAAGAAAUGCCUAGUCACGACAGAGACCGUCCCUUGUACGCCCCACCUAGUGUCCGCAGUCCUACACACCCGCCGCCUGAUAAUCCAUUCCGACGCCCGGGUGCCUUACUUCCACAUCAGGCUGUCGGGCGGGGCUUUCCGGAACUGUUUACUAACCCUCCUGCUAUUAACAUUGAAAAAGCGCGUUGUUAUCCCGUUAUGGUGUUGUCGGAAAUCUUUCCCAAUAUGAGAUUGAAUUGGUGUGAAGGUUCCGGACAAGGCGAUCGGCAGUUUAAGGUCGAAGCUGAUGUGCAGAGCAAAAGAUUCUUCGGAGAGGGACGAAGCAAGAAAACAGCCAAACUUAAUCUUGCAAAGACUAUCCUUUUGUGCAUAUAUGAUAUUCACGACUUUAAAGACGCGGAAAUCACAAAAAAAUCCCCCAAAGUAAAACCGGAAGAGAUUCAACUAGAAAAAAAGUUUCCUCUUACGCAGCUCAAAGAACUCCUCCGUGAAGAUCUUAACAUCGAGGUUAUCCAGGAAGAAGCAGAGCCAGACAGCGAAGAAAAAUCAUACCAUGCUACUAUUGUGAUAAAGGGCGUGGCGUACGAAGGUGUCGGUAAAAACCGGAACUUAGCCAAACUGCGAGCUGCUAAGAAGGCUCUUGAUGUGAUACGUCCUAAGAAGGAUGGCAUGGCCGCAUAUGAAGAUGCAGAGAGCAGCACUAAAGUUAAAACUAUCGACACGUCUCGACAUCCGACAAUGGUGUUUUACGAACUUUUUCGCGACAUUAAAUUAGAUGAAAGUGAGGAAAAGACUGCACUUGGGAUCACAGAGUACCAUAUCAAGACACAAAUCGAAGGAAAGGUGUUUAAAGCGAAAGGCUCUUCAAAAAAGAGAGCGAAACUCAGACUAGCGUUGUCGGUGUUGGAGGAGUUGAAAAACAUCGACGUCAACGAGUGGACGGCAAUCGACUUAAAAGAUAUUUUCGAAAACAAAUCGACCAGCAAUCCUGCGACCAAUCAUCCUAUUGUUCUUUUGCUGAAGUUAAAUCCACAAACCCGCUUCGAAGUAUGGGAAGAUUGCGAAUGUAAUGCAUCCGUUAAAUUUAAAGCGACCGCCUACGUGGGAGAAAGAGACUUUAUCGGGGAAGGUCCUAACAAGAAAACAGCCAAAACAGUAGCUGCGCGGGAGGCACUAAAUACCCUGUAUGGUAUCAAUCCAGACAUUUACACUGAGGGAGUAAAGGGAGAAACCCAGUGCAAAGUGAUUGCCGCCUUUGUGUUGGCAAAAUGCGAGGAUACAAAUUCUACUCCUGAUUUGCAGGUAGUAAGUAUCGGUACCGGUACAAAGUGCGUAACUGGUGACCAGAUGGAUCAUAAAGGACAGACGUUAAACGAUUGUCACGGGGAGAUCAUCGCUUGUCGGGGAUUUCGACGGUAUUUAUACAAUGAACUUUUUUUAGCUGCUGGAAACAAAUCGAGUACGAUAUUUGCACGACAACCUAACGGUAAAUUUGCGUUGAAACCGUCUGUACAUGUCUAUUUAUUUGUGAACACGGCUCCUUGUGGAGAUGGAAGGGUGUUUACAUUACAAACUCAUCAGCAAGGAGCGAAAAACAAAACUGCUGGCUUGUUAAGAACGAAGAUUGAGAACGGACAAGGGACAAUACCUGUGCCAGAGAACAAUAUACAAACAUCGGAUGGCAUCUUGGAGGGAGAGCGGUUGCGCACAAUGUCUUGCAGCGAUAAGAUUCUUAAGUGGAAUGCCCUGGGUGUUCAAGGUGCUUUACUUAGCUAUUUCACCGAACCUAUUUACUUGCAAGGUAUUGUGGUAGGAUUGCACUACCAUUACGAGGCGUUGUAUAGAGCGUUGUAUAAAAGAGCUGGGAGGAUGAAGGAUUGUCCCGAAGCCUACGCACUGAACAAACCAUGUUUAGGGACGCCGACAAAUGCAGAUAUAAAUCGCGACACUUCAAAAGCGAACAGCAACAGUUUUAACUGGUACAGCGAGCAAAAAAACGUGGAGGCAGUGAAUGCAACGACAGGAAAAACUGUCGUCCAAUCGCCUUCGAGACUUUGUAAAUUGAAUUUUUACGACCAAUUUAUGCAGCUUAUAAAAGCAUUCAGGCUAAAAUUGAAUCCAAAAACAUACCAUGCUGCGAAAGUUCUGGCGUGCGAUCACCAAAAGGCUAAAGAGAAUUUUUUCAAGGCGUUGAAUGAUACCACGUGUGGUAAAUGGAUUGGAAAGCCUUACGAACACGACAUGUUCGGUUAUUAACGUGUUGGUUUUUACUUUAUCUUGUUUAGAUAUCGUGCGCGUUGACUAAGCGAAUAAAUCGUACGCAUGAUGUAGCCUGCAUAUUAACACAGAGACGUUGAUUGACUCAAAGAUAUACGUGGAUAAGAUAAUUGUAAAGUGCACCUCUAGAGUCCCGCCCAACUACCCAGCUCGGUUACAAUGUUUAAAGAUCGAUUCCAAUCCGUAUUAAUGAAAAAAGUGUGUGUGGUUUAUACCUGAGGAGUGGAAGCUGUGACAGAAGAAAAACAAAAUGCGGAGAAGUUGAGAAAUGCGCGAGAUUAAUUAGUCAUAGUACAAGAUAAAACUUUGAACAAUGGUUUAACGUUUCUGGAGUGAUGUCUUUAGAAUGUUGAAAAUAUUUUCAGGUACUCGUAGCUGUUAAGUUUUCUACAAUUGACUUUGAAGAGCGUCUGGUGGACCUUAAAAACCUGUAUUAUCCAUCAUUUUCCACACAAACAUCUGGAAACGUUGAAACAUCAAUAUUUCGAAAAACAUCUGUCUAUGACACAUUACCUCUCAGUUUUGUUUUAACUUUUUAAAAUCUUCCAUAGUUUUGAAUGUCCAGCAAGAUAGAUUUUGGCGUUUAUUAAAUUUCUUGUGUUCAACUAUGUUUUUUGUGUAUGUGACCAAAAAAUGGCGGGAAAGUCUUGAAAUAGUUAAACAACAUAUUUAGCAGAGACGAUGUUGAACGUUUUUGUACCUUGUUAAGCAAGAUUUUUUUUAUUUCGCAUGUUACGUUGCAUAUAAAAUCUAUACUAACUAACGAAGUUUCAAAGUUUAUUUUUCGAGCGAUUUUUUGUAAACUUUUAAUAUAGUGAAGUAUUACUUGUGGAUCACAAAAAAAGAAUAGACACCUUUCAUCAUGGAAUGGUGUGUAAAAUGCUUUUUAGGGCGUACCAAUUUACAAUAAAAUGGCUGUUCAUCCUAACAAAAAUAACAAGACAUAUAUUAAAAAUAAGAUAUAAACAAUAUUAUAUUGAGAGAAAUAGAACAAGAGAGACAAAAAAAAGCACAACUGAUGGAUCGGUAUAAAUUGAAGCGCAUGACAAACUGGAGAAAGGGUUCGUUUAAGAGGGGCGUUUAUUAAAAAAGUGUCUUCUUACUCCUCCAAGAUUAGACAUUGCCUAUAGAUGUUUUGGCAGUAUGUUAUUAUUAUUUCAUUUUACUAGUUGCAGACAACAAAAUAAGAACAGUUGCCACUGAAAAAAAAAGACAAGGGCGAACAACCAAAAUUAAUUUUUCUUGUUACAAAUUAUAAAACAUACUCUGAGAAUUUAAAAAAUAAAGUUUCCAAGUAGAAAGAUUUGUAAGGUUUCUCAGUGUAGAAAAACAUUGCAUAUAAUUAAACAUCAAUUUCCCGCAAAGAUCUCGCCUUUGCUACACCCAGCAAAUAGUUUUAACUUUUUUGCAGAAAAGUGAAAUGAACAUGUUAGUUCUAUCUUGAUAGCUCAUAGAACGAUCGAAGUCUUAAAACAUUUCUGAUGGCAGUGUUGCGUGAUUUAAUGUUCUUGAGUGCAUUUACAUCCAUCUGACAUUUCGCCAACAGAAAACUAUCCUAUGUUCAAAAACAGGACAGUUUUUGCAUAUUUUUUUUUUUUUUUUGAAAUUCAAUAAAGAAAUGCUGACAUCAUCACAGAAAUAAAAUUUAGGCCGCUUCUGCAAAAUACGGGCUAUCAAUUGUAAUGUAAGAAGUAUAUUUGACAUUUAAUAACCUUUCUUCAUUCUCUCAUCAAGCAUUUUCAGAGUGAACGUAGAUAACAUCAAUGAGCAAUUUCAAAACCAAAAAAUAUUAAAAAGUCAUAUUGUAUUAACAGUUAAACGUUAUAAAUAAAAUGUUUUCCGUUUAA